AUGGAAGGUUUUAUAGCUUUCGUGCUGUGCCUAGCUCUUGCAAAUGGCCACAUUUUACAUACUGAGUAUGAGCAGCAGUGGCAAGCUUGGAAAACUUUUCAUGGUAAAAAAUACACGACCGACAGUGAGGAGGAAGCACGCUAUGCGAUUUGGAGAGACAACCUCAUGGUAAGCUGUCCUAAAUAAUUUUUCGACAACCUUUUACUGAUGAAAACACUGAUUUGGAGAAACGCAUCGAUAUGCCAGCAACGGAAAAACUUUCACCGGCGUGAUCUUUCUACAGCAACAAGGAGCUAUUAUAUUUAAAAAAAAAAAAAAAAAUUAAAAAAAGCACGACCGUUACAAGGCACAGUGGCUUAAUUUAAUUCGCCGGUUCUUUCAUAAUUUAACUUGCCUAUUCCAACGCCAUCAGUGUAGACGAUUAUUCGCAACCAGGUUCAGAAAGAGAGAGACGAAUUCUUCGUUGUUUGCUUACAUGUUCCACAUCACGUCACAAUCAGUUUUCAGGAGUGGAUGGAUCCGGGAUGGGUUAUCUCUAACCCACGUCUCUAACCAGUACACUGCGUGUGUCUCUUUUGAUUCUUCCUGUCAUAAAAACCGCAAAGCGCUUGGUACGCAAAAAAUUCACCUACCGCAGGUUAAAGUAAGGAUUUCUCCAAAACCGCAUCACCGCAAACCAUUCUUCUGCUCCAUUUCUUGUUCUUCUUUGUAUGAAUUUCAGUUUCCCUUGAACUGCAUCUGGUUUUUUUUAAAAAACCUUUUCCCUCUUCAAAGGACCCAAAGAACAAUUUUUAUACCACCACAUUUUUAUGUAACUAAAAUUCAAAAAUUUGGAUAAUACUGCAAACGUUCCUCAAAUAGGUUUCAGUUAAAUGGAUACACCAGAGGGUUAAAAGUUGAAAUGAGAACUCGUUUCACCAUAUAUAACUCCAGGUUUUAGUUUGCGUGGCACCAGUUUAAUACGACGCACGCCGGAACUCUAGCCCGCGAAUAGGUUAGUUUCAAAUUAUUAAAAUUCGUCAUGGGUGCGAGGCUGAGGGAAAUAAAACACAAGAACGAGAUUCGGGGAUUGAAAAUUAAUUUUGAUUUAUUUGAUUCGUCUCAGCUUCGGAGUGAAGUAAGAAUUUUGAUCAUUCCAAAUUGGCCUCCCUGGCGGCGAUGAGAUGGGAGGGAAAGCUGUAUUCGCAUGUCAGGCUAAAAAUACAGAAGCAAGUUCAAGUUCAUACAUCCUGUCAACGUAUUUCGAACAGGCCGGAAAGAUUAGUUUGCAAUUUGCAAUACACAUGUACUGCCUCUAACAAAAUACUUCAACGGAGGGAAUCGGUUAGCCUGUGAACAGGCUCUCUAAUUGGGGAAAGGGUGGAAAAAUCCUUUUCCCUUCCCGCUUUUCACCCUUUCUUCAAACAGAGACUCUCCCCCCCUCCUUAACGGGCGGCAAGGCGCCUUCCGCCCUUUCGAGGGUGGGGUGAAGAGAAGGAGGACACUUCUGUCUAUGGCCGAAUAAACCUUUCCUUUUUCCGUGGAUCAUGUAUACUUCUGGUUUUUCUUAAGCAGUGGUUGAAAACUUCCACACGACCAUGUCACUUUUAUUUAGGAAAUUCAAGAGCACUGAAUGAACGUGUCUUCAGCUAUGCGCAAUUUGCCAUUUUUUCUAAAACUUAGGUUUUGUAAAGGAAACGAAUUUAUUAUAUAAGCUAUAUCAACCUCUUUUACUUCUUUUCAAGGUGUGUUUGAAAUCACUUCUUCCUCUUUAUAUUAGAAAAUUCAACAGCACAAUUCCGAAGGACAUUCCUUCACUAUGGCGAUGAACCAGUUUGGUGACCUGACAGUGAAUGAAUAUCGCUAUUUCUUCCUGGGACUUCGUUCUCAUUACUCGAAUGAAACUGAGAGUGAAGGGUCAACGUUCCUCCCUCCCAGUGGAGUCACCCUACCCAAAACAGUGGACUGGAGAACUAAGGGAUACGUUACCCCAGUCAAGAAUCAAGGUAUGCUGCAAAUCACGGUUUAAACGUUCUCUCCUAAACCAAACUAGACCUAAUCAGUGGAGGAGCCAGGGGAAUUUUUUUUGCGGGGGAGGGGGUGGGGGUGCGAAAUUCUUAAUCCACGCCGGCCUUGCCCUUGCCCUUUCCUUGGCUCGUCUGAAAAACCUAAACAAAUAACGCCUGUUUGGCCUCAGUUGUUCGAAAUGCGGAUAACGCUAUGCAGUGGAUAAAUUCGUGACUGAAUACGUUAUCGACCUGAGGCCUGCAGGCUGAUGUUUUUUCAACUCGCGUACUCAAAAAUCCUUUUACUCUGCACUCUUAGAUCGCAUCUUUGCCUUUCUCAGGUCAAUGUGGCUCUUGCUGGGCUUUCAGUACAACAGGAUCACUGGAAGGACAACACUUCAAGAAAACUGGAAAGCUCGUCUCUCUCAGCGAACAGAACCUCGUGGACUGUUCAAGAAAGUUCGGUAAUUUUGGUUGUGAAGGAGGACUCAUGGAUAAUGCUUUCAAGUAAGGGAUCAUUUUUAAGUUUCACUUCUACAUAAGUCAAAGGAUAAUCAGUCUUUUAUUUUUAAGCUCCAAAAGUCUAGGAGAAGGGAAAAUCCAUUUCAGGCUUCGAGAAUACUAAAAAGAAAUUGUACCAGGCAAAAGUAAUGCUAAGAUGAUUUAACUUAAUAUUUGCGUCACAGAAUUUCGUCCACAGACGUGAAACUAAGAAUGUCUGUGCAUUUGUUUUGUUGUUUUUAUUUGGGAAAGUGCAACAACUCCCCUAAACUCUUUUUUUAAAUUCUCGUUGUUGUUUCAACAAGUUACCGCUCUAUUUAAGUCACUGGGUGAACAAAUAGACAUUUACAUUCAUUCUCAGUGAAGAACGGCAUCAUACAUUCAUUCGGUUUAAAAUCAUUUUAUUUUUUCCAGGUAUAUCAAAGCAAAUGGUGGACUUGACACUGAGGCCAGCUAUCCAUACAAAGCAAAGGAUGAAAAAUGUAGAUUCAAGAAAGCUGAUGUCGGUGCUACUGACACUGGUAAGUUAUAGAGCAUCUUUCCCGGUACCGAUUGGACCAUUUCGAGUUAAUACGAAACUGGAUGCAGAUUAUGCAUUUCUGAACUAGACUGCAAAAGAGUCCGCAUUUUUGAGUAUUCAAGUACGCGCGAACCGUUGUCACAGCGUUUUGGGCAUCCCCGCGUUUUGGGCAUCCCCAUUCCCAAAUCCCUAGCGUUUUGGGCAUCCCCGGUGGGGGCCCGGGGGUGGGGGAUGCCCAAAACUCUGAUCGCUUCGACUUUGCCUAAAUUAUUUCAGACUGGGGAAAAGUCGGGAUUGUCAAUCACGAAUUUACGGCUGAAUAGUGUUGUUGCAUGUUAGAAUUAUAUCGUCUGACACUUUUCGCCAGGUUUAUUGCGCAGAAAAAAAAAACCCAUAGGCAGUAAACGUUGGCUCAAAACGGGACGAAACUGAAAUUUACAACUGCAUAACAUCCCUUUGCUGUACAACGCUUCAUUGUUUGCAAAGCUUCAAUUUUAUUUAAUAGCGAGCGAGAAAUGCCGCAAUCGCCGGCAGCUGCGAUCGUCUGAUUCCAAACAGCUAAAAACAAGAAUACUAAACAAAACAAAAGGACAAACAUGAAUAAAACUGCGUUUUGCGAUGUUGAAUUCAUAGUAUGCAUGACAUUUGAGGCCUGUACAACCUAACCCCGCAGCGCUACUUGACACACAAAAGGCUGUCACACAAUUUAUACAGAGGCCUCUUGCAUCUACGGGACAGAAGAAAUCUGUUGCCGUUUUGAGAUGUAGUAGGGGCUUCUAUUAAAUCAAUUCCGACCGAGUACCACACCUUGGGAACAACCUUCACAGGGUGCAAAAGUAUUAUCGCGGCCGGCGUGUCCAGAAAAAGGAGCAGAGUGGCACUCUUCGAAGACCCUCGCUUUCUCUUCCUCGGUGAACAAUUCGUCGAAGCGCUGUGCUGAUCCUUCUCCUUGGCCACCUAGAACAAGGACUCUAAUUUUGAGUCAUACUCGAACUUUUUGGCAAAUUUCGCAGAGUCGUUUUUUUGCUUUGUAAAGCCUUCCGGAUAAGCCUUCUUUUUAAGAUACUGGAAAAGAUUUCUAUAUUUAGCGGAAGCCAUCUCUAAAACGUUUUCGAUUUUCCCGCGAAAUGGAGCAUUUUUUUGGAGGGGAUGACCAAAACAUUAGCGAUUUGGGCAUCCCGGGAGGGUACCGGGGGAUGCCCAAAACGCUGCAGUAAUAUGAGAAGGGGAUGCCCAAAACGCUAGGGAUUUGGGAAUGGGGAUGCCCAAAACGCUGUGACACCGUCAAACAAAAGACCUGGAGCGAGGCUGAAAACGGAGAGCCAGACCAGGGAGAGACGCUAAAGAUACACCGACUUACAAGUUUUCAGUUUCAGUGAUUACUACUAACAUUUGUGGAGAAAAACACUGCCAAUUUCGCUACUCGCCUACUACUCUUUUAAGAUAAAUUUCCUUUUAUCCUGGUCAGCCGGCCGAAAUUCCAUGGGAAAGAAAGACAAUAAACUGGGCAACCAAAAAGUACGUAGGUAUAGAAAAAAAGGAAAAGGAAAGGAAAAGAGCAAUAAAGACUAGGAUCAAAUAAACGCACCAAAACCAAAAGUGAAAAUUAAUUACAUCCAACAAGAGAGAUCCUCUCUUGCAUCCAAUCAGUGGGUAGACUACGAGCAGUCUCUUUUUUUUCUUGGUCCAUCGAGCAAAACACGCGAGACACGCAAAUGACCACGGCGUGACUGAAGGCGCGAGAGAGGCUUCGCCGCCUGACCCUCGCGCGCGCUUGCACUUCCCUCACUAAAUCUGAAGAAAAAGAGAGACUACUCGCAGUCUAAUUAGUAGGAAAUAUAUUUAGCCGAUUUUUUGAAAACCAGCCUAGCGAAAUUUGCAGUCAUUUGAGUGCAAAUUGUCAAAAGGCAUAUUUCUUAAGCCCGAGAACGGCUCCAAAAUCAUUGUAACGAAGGAAAAGGAAAAGAGAAAAAGAAAGAGCGAGGAGAUCAGCAAAAAGCGAUGGUUGCACUCUUAGUUUUUAUAAUGAGCUACUUUGGAGUUUUUGGCCGAAAAAAACUGUUCGACGCAAAAGGUCCAUUUGGCGAUAACGGUAUCAAAAAUCCGGCUAGAUAUACAACCGAGCACUUAUGUUUGUUUUAUCGUUCACUAGGUUUCAUGGACAUCAAAAAGAAAAGUGAAUCUGCUCUUCAGUCAGCUGUAGCCACAGUCGGACCAAUCUCCGUUGCUAUCGAUGCUAGUCAUGGUUCGUUCCAGUUUUAUAAAAAGGGAGUGUACAAUGAACCGUAAGUAUCGUUGAUUUUUAAAUAAACAAUGUACAUUUAAAAUUGUAUGUCCUUGUCUAAAUGGGGGUGUUGUGUUCAUCGUCAUCGACAUCAAGUAAUUUUACUUUUAUUGGCCAAAAAGUUAAACUACAUUAUUCUAUCUAGUAUUAAUAAUUGUAGUUAAUUAUUGACCACUUAUGUGAAUUUUAAAUUCAAAUUUUAGGAGCCGUUAAAAGAUAUUUUCUCUCGGUAUAGUUCUAGCCCUGAGGAAGGCUUAUUUUGUCAGCCGAAAUAUUGGCCUCUGUUAAAUCAGCCCUUUGCCGUAGUGCCAGCCCUGCAUUAAGUCUUGUUUCAAAAUAGGAUAGUUUCACGUUCAGCUUUCACGGGUAUGUAUACUUGGAGACGGCCAGAAUCGAGGAGCACGAAACUCGUUUCCAUGAGAAGAGGCAAUAAGCAUCGUAUUUUGUCAUGGACUAUUGGGCUGCCCGUUAGAGUGCUACGCGCAACCUCGUCGCCAGCGAAAAGCAAUGGGGAGGAGUUUUGCGACUCGCGCAUGCAAACAAAGGCGAGGCAAGGAGUCUCGGGGGUUUUCACGUACCCAGGUCUGAUGUUGAUAUCUUUUAGUUCAUUGCUAAGGGUAAAAUCAUUAAACAAUUACACAAUCUUUUGAUUUGCGAAGACAAACGUCACUAAACAUUCGUUUUCUUUCAGGAACUGCAGCCAAACUCUGCUUGAUCACGGUGUUCUUGCUGUUGGAUACGGUACAUAUGAAGGAAAGGAGUACUGGCUAGUUAAGAACUCCUGGGGGACAAGCUGGGGAAUGAAGGGCUACAUCAUGAUGUCGAGGAACAAGGAUAAUCAGUGUGGAAUUGCCACAGACGCCAGCUAUCCGCUUGUUUAAAAUAAACUAUGCUAUCUUAGCAGUUGUUUGAAAUAAUAGAACGGUAAUCGUAGUAGCGUUUUAAAACGUAGUUAUGUGCUGUUUUAAGCUGUUAAUCCAUUUUAAACUUUUUCAUAAGCAUUUACAACGACGGUUUGAAGUGUAAUAAAAGUGCAAGGAAAUAAAGCGCUAAUCACUUACAGCCACUUUUCUGGUGUUUUGUAUAGUUUUCGCAGCAAAAAAAGUAUGGUGGAUAAAUUUGGCAACGGACUUGGAAUAGGGCUCCAUCUUCUUUCCUUUCCCUCUCACUCUCUCUUCCAUUUUGUUAUUAUUCUCUUUUUCUUUCCUUUUCGCCUUCAUUUCAACUCAGCAAAUAACGCUACCAUCAAAAAUACUCACAUAAAAAUGAGGGAUCGACUGGACGUUUCACUAAUUUCAGGCGCACAACAGCCUUGUUUAAACAGGCAUAGCCUACGUAGCAAGCGUUUCCGCGCGAACUUUCGAGCAAAAACUCGAUUGGAAACGCAUGCUACGCUGGCUAAAACAGGCAAACCGUUUGGUCUACAUUUUGCUUUCUCGUCUAUUGCGAAAUAAUUGACAAUUAUUGUUUAAACCUCACUGGGAAUUCCAAAUUUGACAAAGAAAUGGACAUUGAGAGUCCCACAGCAGGUUUUAAGCAAAUGACAAUAACUUUGAAUUCAAUAGAUAAAACAUUGGUCCUUUUCUGAACUUUAUAAGUCAACAACUACAAAACUGAAAAUCUUAGGUUGAUUCGAUUGAUAAUACCUUUAAAAAAAUGGUUGAACCUCCACCAAAGGCAGUUAGUUGAAUUUGGCGCGAAUUUGAUGUAACACGAAUCACGAAUCACGAAUCAUGGCAAAAUUUGACCCCGGCUGAGAGGGUUACCCGGCCUGGCAGACUGGGCAAUCCGCCUCGGUUGGUCACCCCACCUAUCAUGUAAUCAAAUUAAAAUGAGAGAUUAUAUGAACAAAUGGGUUACCCUACCUAAGCGGGUUACCUCACCUACCGGCGGGAUGUUGUGCCCGGGGGUACUUACUACAGCACUCACCUGCUAAUCCCGGGCUAAUCCCUCCAGCUACGCAGGCUAAUCUGAGGUCUCCUCGCUCCAUGUAAACAGGCCCCUGUUUUCUCUGAUGUAAAUGUAUCCAGUGUAGCGUUUUCAAAGUGUGCAAAUUGCAUGGAAUUCAGGAAUUAUGUGCCUGAGAUAAGUGCAGGCAUUUCGAGGCACUAGUCAUGACUGCGAUUCCCCUCAAUAAAACAUUGAUGGGUUGUUUUCUCAGGCUAGAAAGAGCUAAGGGACCAGCAAAAAAAGAGCGCUUUUUGCUGCUUCCCUCCGCAACCUCUUUUUCUCGACUCACAAAUGAUAGAAAUGGUAGGCUCUAUUAUACAGGCCCCUGUUCGAGAUAGAAACCCGUUUUCUGGGAGGGACAAAGGACCGGACCUGAGGAAGCGGUUGAAAUCGAGGCUACUCAACAAAAAUCAAAGUAGCUAGGUCCAUUUUCUCGACUCAACAAGCAAUCUCACAAAUGCCUCGUCUCCAGUCGCUCGCGAUCACUCUGAGGGAUAUUUGAGUAAAUUUUUAAGGAAGGCUCUGCGCUCGUUCCCAUCAUCCCCCUCUCGCGCUUCUCGCGUGUUGUUUCUCACUCAGUUCGUCUCUCGCUUAGCCUUGGAAAAGCCUGUGGCGGAGGCUGUCACAAGUAGGUUUGAUUUCCAGCCGCUGUUCGAGAAAGGAGCCCGCGCUCGGGGACUGGAACAAGAACAGACCUGAGAAUCCGGGCUACUCAACAAGCGCAGAACGUGUUUAUAAAUUAUGACAUCUUCAAUCUUAUUUUCCAGUUCUUUUAUAGACCAGCGCAUAAUAAGGUCUCGAGGGGUGACGCCGUACCUAUGCCAAAACAGGAUUACAGUGAAAAUUCUCCUAGCGGACACUCUAGUAAGAGGACAGGUUUACUUACGGCCGCCUUCACAAACCCCGUUUUUCUCAACUCCCAUACAAAAUAAGCCGGCAGCUCCAGUAACGGACACCUUUUUCGCGUUCCGAGGGUGUCCUCCCAUGAGAGCUUUCACUGUAUACUCUUUUACUACUGAGUUACCUCCUUAAUAAGCAAAUAAACUGAAAAUAUUAAUACAAUUUUUUUUUUACCAUGUAACCGCACUGCACGUGGAGUUGACUUGGACUUUUGAUUGAUACUCACGCUUGUCUCAUGAAUCUGGCAGGACUUGAAACAUCAUGAUGUUACUCUCAUGCAUGUGAGACUUCGUUGCUCCAGUAGUGCUUCUUACGGCUUUAGGUAAAACAAGUGAAGUUGUACAGCGUCUAAAAUGAAAGGUUUUAUUGUUUUACUAUUGUGCCUAUUACCUUUUGUAAGCGGAGAAAUCAUUAAGUUUCGUGAAUAUGAGGAACAUUGGUACUCUUGGAAGUCAUAUUACGAAAGGAAAUACGAGACAGACGCCGAAGAAGAAGUGCGUUACGCUAUUUGGAGAGACAACCUCAGGGUAAGUAGUUUAAUACAGAAUUCUAUCUAGGGUAUUUGAGGGGUAGAAGCUUCCCCCCCCAAAAUGCCCAGCUUCCCCCCAAAAAAUAUUGUCAUCAUUACAGUAUAUAAGUAACUAUAUCGAAAAAAUCGUCAAGACGCGACGAGGUUAGUGCACACACUGUAACAUUUCUCAAAAUUGUGUCUCAAAAUGCACCAGAUUGCACCUCAGUGCUGCUUGUCGCCUUCAGCCACUCAGGACUUCUCCCCCAAAUGAUAAAUCCUAGAUAGAACCCUGUAAUAGUUAAAACAAAACGUCCCUGUAUAAUUUUCUAAUGCAUGUAUGGCUACUCCAUGUCCUCGAACUCUCGACCGGACCAAUCAGAGUAGCUAACAUUUUCGGGUGAGACGAAAAAGCCAAACAUUUUUAAGACUUCCGAACAGAUAAAUAGUUUUUAGAACAGUUCCAAAUUAACCAAACAGGCUUCUAAAGCAUAGAACAAACUAUUUGAGACACUUCAGUAUUUUACAUCUUAUGGAUGUUCUAGCACAUUACAAAGGAAUCUUUACUGCCUGGUUCGGACCAGCUCGACUAGACAUCGAAUAUAAACGCUGCCACACUGCAAUCCCAGUUAACAACUGCACAAACGUUAAAACUAGGUUAUGAUAGGACGGAAAAGUGCUUAAGUUUUAACGUGAACACAGCAUAUGAGAACCGGGUGAAACAGAUUACUGCCGAUGUCUCUUCGCUGUUGUAUCUAAUUAUUUAUUUAUCCAACGGUUUAACAUAUAAUCUUUGUUGGGAUUGAUUCGAAAUUGAGGUACUAGGCACUGUACUUUCAAUGAAAAAGUCAAGUACAGAUUAUUUCGUGAGGGUCUUUCGUCAACAGUCUUGAAGCACGGGUUUUGAGAAACUUUGAACUAAAGACGUGUACAUGCCAGAGCUGACUCAUCCCUAGAUGUCUCUCACCUGUCUGUUGUGCAGUGGCACGCAGACUGGGGACGAGUCAGCAUCAAGAGAGUGGUACUUCCUCUCUCCAAGAACAAGAAUGGUUUCGGUUCAUUUUUCAAGCUCUCAAUAUAUCUCGUUUUUUUUAUCACUGAGUCGUCUAUCGGGUUUAGCCGCUAGUGUGCUCAAAUGCUACAACUCAUUCUGUACAUAUCAAUAGUAAUAAUUAUUAUUAUUAUAAUAACAAUAGCUGUGAGUAAUAAAUCAUAAUUCAAUUCAAUUCAAUUCUUUAUUCACACUACACAAGAUAUUUACAUAAGUGUACAUAGUAGGAAAAUAAAGUAGCUACAAAUAAUAAUUAACUAAAAGAUAUUAAGUUCAUUUGUGUACGGUGUCCAAAGUAGCAAGAGCUUUCUUGUUGGACACCGUCAUAUUGAAAUAAUUGGCAGCAGUAAAGAGAGGAAUAAAAUCUCAAAUAAUAUCAGUGAUAAAACAUAUGAGCAAGGUCAGAUUUGGUUGGUUAGAAGACAGGACUUCCAUUCUUUCUUAAACUUAUGAUAUGGCAGACACUUGAGACCAGGCGGUACAGUCUCCCAGAUUUUUGGAGCGGAGAAUUUAAAGGACGUCUUACCUAAGUUGGUGGAUAUUACAACCGAACAAUUAUAAAACGUUUUUUUAUCGAGGGUGACACUUAAUAUCCCUCGAUAAUCUACACGUGGCCCCCGGGGGGGACGAAAAAAAAAUUAAUCAAAAUACAUAUAUCAAGAUCCAUUAUGGCUCUUGAUCAGGUAAUCGGCUCCUGCUCUUGAUAGAUUAAUAAGUUACAAUUUGAAGAGUAGCUGAGCUAAGGAAUUGCCAAAGGUUUUCCAUUACAAUUUACAAAUUUCGAUUUGCUUUGCACGCAGUUACUACGAUAAAACUGAAACUCAGACAAACCAGUGAAAUCCUUUGAUCCACACAAACGAUCUCCUCACUUUUGUUUCUCUUUUGUCAUUAAUUUGUCAUGUUUUUCUGACUUUGAUCAUUAAAAAAAAAAACAAGCAUUUCAAAUUAGUCACUCGGAAUGAUACUUCUGCUAUAACAACUAAACAAAUCGAAUUUUCUUUCUAGAAAAUUCAACAGCACAAUUCCAUGGGAUAUUCUUACACUCUGGGACUGAACCAGUUUGGUGACCUGACGCAAGAUGAAUACCUCUCCGAUAACUUUCGCGGAUUUCGUCCUGAUUUAUCCAAAAAUAUGAGUGAAGAGUCACUUUUUGUCCCUCCCGGCGGAGUUCACCUUCCUUUUAAAGUGGAUUGGAGAACCAAGGGAUUUGUUAGUCCAGUAAAAGACCAAGGUGGGCAUUCUUCAGCAUCAAGCCUCUCCAGCGUUCCAUUGGCGCACUCUUGUGAAUCACGCAUGCCCAGUUACAAAGCAGAGGCGCUUUGACCCGCUGGUUAUCUUAUUUUUAUUUUUUUUUACUGAGUGCAACGUUUCUUUGGCAAGGGGACACCAGUGAAAAUGCGCGCAAUCUAAAGACAAGACUCCAAAACCUAUGCGAGAAGGAACCUGGGCCUAGUUUACUUUCGCAAAGACUUCUGGUUAAUGAUCCCAGAAGCCUUUGGGAAAGCCAACUCGACUCAGUUUCUUUCUCGUUUUUAAAGUGAGGAAUGUAAAGGAACAUAUCUUGGUCUAAACGAAACUUUUCAGCAGUACCCGCUGUAAACAUACCUUGAACUUCAGCUGAUUAGCAUCCCGCCCAGUUAUAGGCCCAUCUAGAUGUAAACAAACAAAGACAUCGGGGUAUAAGCCCCCCGAUAUAAGCUCCUCCCCUCUCCCCCACUCCCUCUAGCUUGGGUUGAAGUGAAUUCGAUUUUCACGACUUUUUGAGGCGCAAAAGAGCUAGUAAAUUGUGAUCAGCACUGCUAUGUAGGCUUGUUUUGAAACGCUAUUCUUAGUCCUGUUGUAAGCCCCAGGGAUAUAAGCCCCCCGUGAAGCCCCCCUAAAACCCCUUACGAAGUUUUAUAAGCCUACGGCUUGUAAGCGGAAGUUUACGGUAUGAGGAAAAAAGAUCUAGGAAAACAAACGACCAAAUCUUAAAGACGACAGUAAUACACAUGCGUCAUGGUGAUAACCUGUAUGACGGAUUGAAUCUGUUAAUCAAUACUUUCGCUUUUUUGGCCAGGUCGGUGUGGCUCUUGCUGGGCCUUUAGUGCAACAGGAUCGCUGGAAGGACAGCACUUCAAUAAAACGGGAGACCUUGUCUCACUCAGCGAACAGAACCUCGUGGACUGUUCAAGAAAGUUCGGUAAUUUUGGUUGUGAAGGAGGAUUGAUGGAUAAUGCUUUCAAGUAAGGGAUCAUUUUUAAGUUUCACUUCUACAUAAGUCAAACGAUAAUCAGUCUUUUAAUUUUAAGCUCGUUUGAACGUAUGGGAUGUGCUUUCGGGUGACGCAGGCAUCCUUAAUUUUCAAUGGCCCACAUUCGAUAUAUAGACGGUUUUCACUGUGACGUCAUCAAAUUGUAAAGUCAUAAUAGCGAGGUUUUACAAAUUCUUAUUUACACUACGUUGAAGAUAAACAAAAAGUAAAUCUUUGUACAAGUUUCCAUUUCCGUAGCAUGUUUCAUUUCGAAAAUACAGCAAUUUGUAAUCCCGAGUUUUCACAGUGCGUGACACGAAAAUAGGAAUGCUGUCUCGUUGAAAAAUAGUCUCUCCUCUUGAUUUUUAAUAGUAUCACCACUUCAAGUAUUAGAGGGUAUGUUUAUGCGUACGUAUGCUUGUUCUCGAGUACGCAUAAACAUAUCUUCUAAUACUUAAAAUAUCUUAAAAUUCGUAAAAUCUCGGGGAAAAAAACCAUCUAUUAAAAUUCUAACAUCAUGACUCCGAGGCUUAAGCGACAAAAUUGCAACUUUUCGCGACUCCAUGGUCUCGCAACUCCCAGAAGAGACGUGAGCACAAAGAAAACCAAACCAAGUAUAGAAAUAUAAACAGAAAGCCUCGGAGCCAAGUGAGAAUUUUUUAAAAAUAUUGAAUAUGGGCUAUUUUUAGACCCAUACAUAAAUCAUACGAUAGUCAGUCUUUAAUCACUUGAAAAUCGCAGCUACUCAUGAGGAGCAACAUCUUUUUGUACUGGCAGAUGUGCUAGUUACGGUUAUGAUUGUAAGUACUUGGGUUUUGUUCUACCAUACAGUAAAGUACUACUACUGAGAACUAAGCAGUGCGUUUGAGACAAAAAACAUACGUAAAACAUACUUGAACUACACCAUGACGUGCAAAAUAACAUGUGCGCUUUUAACUGAAAAACUGUCCUUCUUUUUGCAUAUUCAAUUACGCGCGAGGAGUCAAACAAAAGGUCUGGAGCAAAGCUAAAAACGGAGAGCUUCGCGCGUUUAAGACUCGAACGCUGCGGUAAACGGAUUUUUUUGGGAAAAAAAGACUGUUUUGCAGUCUGGUGCGCUUCUUCCUCUACCAUAACAAUAUUCCAGGGGGAGACUCCCAUAUGAAAGGGGCGGGGAUGCUCGUCGAAAAUUUUGAAUGAAACCCCUAAAGGAGACCAAUCUGGGCGUGGCCCAACCCUUGUUUAAACUUUUAUUACCUGAAUCGAGUAAAUAAAACGGAUUGAAAAUAUAUAAUUUGUUCAUAUUUCUUCGAGUGCAACCCUUCGAGUGCAACCCUUUACUGCUAAAUAUAAUGGUGUUUUGCCCAGAACACCCUAAGUGAGACCAAAAUCUGAAAUUUACACGCCUAAGCGAGACGACUGGCAUCCUCGCCCCUUUCAUAAGGGAGUCCCCCCACCCCCAACCCCCCGGGAUAAUAUUAAAAACUUCGACGGCUUUAGUUCUGUAAUUUUAGAAUGCAUUGAUGUCAAGUGAAAAUGACUGUGUGUUAAUACACUCUUUCUAUAAUGCAUUGUAAUUUGAAGGUAUAUUGAAAGUAAUGGCGGUAUUGAUACUGAGUCCAGCUAUCCAUACAGAGGUCGAACUGGAAGUUGCCAUUUUGACUCUGACUAUGUCGGAGCUACUCUUAAAGGUGUGUAAAUUCGAUGACAUUUCAGCAAAGUGUUGCUUAGUGUUUUCAGGCAGUAUCCUUGUUGUUAGCAGGGUUAGUUCUCUACUUUACUCAGAGGGUUUUUCUCCGGGUACUCCGGUUUUCCCUUCUCCUCUUUGCGAGAGUUAAAAGGUGCAUAAUUCAGUUGAUCGAAUUAUUAGUAAAUUCGACUUUAGCACGGCAGUAGCGCGACGUUUCAAACCAAGCCUUGCUACUGCCGAGUAGCACGGCAAGACUUGCUGCGCUACACGACUGAAUUAAAUUCGACGUCUGAAACCAAGUCGUGCUAGUGUCGUGCUGCAGUCGAGCUACAGUCGCGCCAGCUUAGCACGACAGCAGCACGACGUUUGAAACAAGCCCAAUUCGAUUAGCAAAGGUAGACGAAGAAAUUGUUUGUUUGUUUUGCUUUUUCUCUCUCUUUUGGCUGCCAGGUUUCAAAAGAAUCAGGGAAGGAAACGAACAUGACCUUCUGUCCGCUGUAGCCACAGUCGGACCAAUCUCCGUUGCCAUCGAUGCUAGUCAUUCUUCGUUCCAGUUUUAUCAUGACGGAGUCUACGAUAAGCCGUAAGUAUAAUACAUAGAUUAAGCCAAGGCCAAAAGCGAAGCUCUCGUGAAAACUUUUCGAGAAGUGUCUUUCUCAAGUAAAAGUUUCUGGGCUUGCGAUCACUUGAAAAGGAUAAAAGGUCAGCAGACAACAUUAAAAAUACAAGACGCCUCAAUGAGUAGUACACCAGUGCCCACUAUAAAGUCAUGCAACACUGGUCAGCAGAUACCCUAUUUUGACAGCUGUCAAUUGAUCAUAACAUGGAUGUCCAAUAUCAAGUUAAGCACAAAUUGUUAGUUUGCACCAAAGUCUUUUACCCAUAAAGUCAACUCAAGAUUUCUAACCCGAAAAUGUUCUCCAGAUCACAAAUCAGGUUAAACCUAGCAAAGGGGUUUGCAUACCCUUAUCACUAUUAUUUCUGAGUCUCCCACCCCGACCCCUCACAGGGCGAUAAAUCCCGCCCGUUACCAACAUGGGUACAGACUUUUCACAGAUACGUUCUUCCGGUUUAUGAAACUAUCUUUGUUUUACUUUCAGAUACUGCAGCAGCACUCAUCUUGACCACGCAGUUCUCGUCGUUGGAUACGGUACAUAUGAAGGGAAGGACUACUGGCUGGUCAAAAACUCCUGGGGGACCCAAUGGGGAAUGCAAGGCUAUAUCAUGAUGUCCAGAAACAAAGAUAAUCAGUGUGGGAUUGCCACAGACGCCAUCUAUCCUCUUGUUUAGUUUAACGUAGAAAGUUGUGCUUUAAAGACUCUCUUAGUUGUCUCUUCGUUGUCACCGAUUAAAGAGGCUAUGUCAAGAGGAUGUGACUGCGCUAAUCGGUCUUAGAGCGAAGCGGGCUCAGGGUUUUAAUUUAAUUCAUGUAGACUUGUAUACUUGGAUUCAUUGUUGUAGUAACCUGGGAGAUAGCCUGCGAGGAAGCUCUCCAUUUCGAGCAGCGAGCAAAGUAAGCCACGCGAGAACCCGCGAGUGGGUGACCCUGGCUCUUGCGCCUCCUUUCGUGUACCACUCGCGCGUGUCCUUUCAUCAUCAUUGUCAUCACCAAAUAGAGAGCUCAUUCGCGGGCUACACGGAAGAGGGAUUUGUGCUUGUUUGAUUUUUUGUUUGCCUCUUUUUUGUGGGUUUGGUUUGUUUUGCUUUGUUUUUCGUUGCUUAAGAAAAAGGUAAACCAAUGAACUUUUCUCUUUAGGUUGUUUAUUAAAUAAAACAAUUUGACCGCGGGAGCCUUUUAUGGCCCCAAAGACCAAGUUUAAUUGUGGUUCGAUUGACUGAGCAACUCUGAUUUUUGUCUUCUCAUGGUCUACAUAAAAAGGAGUAUUGCCGCUUGCUUUUUCUAGCCCCUGACGAAGACUAGCAGUUGUCUAGUCGAAAUAUUGGGCAAAUAUAUUACCAACCUUUAGCUGUCCGAUUAGCCUUGCCUUCAAUUUCAAGUGUUUCCAAAGCAAGCCCGGACACUGGAGAAUAUCUUAUCAGGGUAACACACAUUUUGAGGAAUCUUAUAACUUAGGAAGUUAUAAUUCAUAAAUUCUCUAUUAUAACCUGCUGUAUGACACUCAUACGGAGACUAGCUUACACUGGCUUACGAAACCAGGUUCAUCUUUUAUCUGCAUUCAUUUUUCUUUUAUAGCCCUCGUUGAAGGUUUGUGUUGCAAACCGAAAUAUCGGGCAGAUAUAAUUUACCAUUUUAUUUUUAAUUUCUUUCUUUAAUUUUUCUAUCACUCUUCCUGCCAUAAGGAUCAGGUUACUGUUUUAAGUUUAAAAUUUGGUACUCAAGAUUUUACUGAUCCUACCCUGGGUACCAGAGGUUUUUCUCGCGUGCGGCGGGAAGUUUCGGUGUUGGCCGAAGGCCGACACGUUUUCGGCACGAGCGCCAGGGUAUACUGAUCCAGGUCUACUAAAGAUCCGGCGGACCCUCACUGGUUUGUCGUUGUGGUUUUGCCUUCAAAAAUGUUUCUGAUGUAAAGAACUAGAGGCACACCAAUGUAAGGUGGGAAUUUAAGGAAUUACCACCCCAUCUGCCCAGCCCCCACUCCUCCUAGCCUGCUAGCAAACUCUCCAUUUAUGGUGAAUAAAUAAAUAAUAAAUGAAGGUCUUUAUUGUUUUUUAAGCAAAAAUACGUGCUAAAAACCAAGAACACUUACAUUAAAAACAGCAAAAAGAAUUACAAGGCUUAAAAAUUCCAUGUAGAAGCAUUGAAUUCAACAUUCAAGAUCCUUAUUAUGCUGAGCCGCGAUCGCGCGAGUGCACGCGCUAGCGAGCGGCUGCUUUCGCGUGACUUCUCGCAACUCCCCCAAAUGGGAGCUUUCUCGCAGGUUACAUUCCUCCCCGCUUGCGUGCCUCAGGUCCUAGUGCCAGUUUCUGACUGAUGGGAUAAAAGCAAUGUCACGUGGUUUCUCAGGGGGGGGGGGGCAAAUUUGCCGCUGCAAAAAAUCGCGGUCGAGUUUGUUUUUUCUGGAUAACAGAAAAUGAAGAAGUUUUCAUGUUGAAGACAAUGAUGGCAAAGUAAUGAAGUAGCCAUAUUAAAUUCUGCAAGCAGAAUACUGCAAUGCUGAUUGUACUACGUGAAAAUUCACUCUGCAAGACAUCAAUACGACACCGAAAGAACUCAAAACAGAGCGGGAUUGUAGCCAUAGACAGCUCUUUUGAGUUCUUUCGGUGUCGUGUUGAUGUCUUGCAGAGUUAAUUUCCACGUAGAACGAACAGUAUUGCAGUAUUCUGCUUGCAGAAUUUAAUAUGUCUACUUUUCAUUUCUGCUGAUCAGGUCUUUAUAGAUCCUACGUUCUUCGGCAUAUUCGUUUGCGGUCCUUUGCAGUCCUUUGUGGUUAAAAUGUUUGUAGUUAAUGAAAUAGCGACCGUAAUCAAUGACCGCCCGGCAGAAAUAACGAGGUAAAUCUUAUCGAAACUCUUGACUGUACAUUAAUUUUGCAUUACCAUCAUAAAAAUCAUCGUCUCUUUUCGAAAGAAUACGGCAAAUUAUACCACUCGUAUUGGAAAAUUUUUGUCACUUGUUUGCCCCCUGAAAUGUCCCUAGAGCACGUGCAAAGAUGCAGGUACGGUGAAUAAGGUCUUUUACACCAAAGCUUGAACAUGUUUAAGCGCUGUUAAGUUAACUCCUCGUCUCGCGCGCACUUCACACUCGUUUCGCCCUUCGCGCAAAAUGCCGCGUUCGCCUCCCUUGAAUCAUAAAGCACCUGUUGUGCAGGCUACUUAAAAAACAAAAGGCUGAUUACUAAUUUCAGUAUCGAUUGUUAAUUAUCCUAGGCGUACUAGGAGCUAUAUGCCGGCUCUUGUCCUUUCAGGGACGGCGGAGCUGUUAACAUUCCAUGUAAGGGAUCGAAGGGGAACUGACAAGCGACUUGAAGUAAGUAACUCAGGAGACUCCCCUCUUAGUAACUUUUUUCCCACACCCCCCGACUCCCCCGUCCCUGCCUUUAACGUAACGCAGCGUAUCGCUAAGGUGGACAUUUGAGUAGCAGCUAUUUUUAUAAGUCUCGUGAUUCACCUCGAAUUGGCAAUCAUCGUGUUUUGACAGUGUUCAAGUAUUACCUGCAUUCAGCAAUACUGUGGUGUUCCUACCAGUGUUUUUGGAGCUCACUGAAAGAUUCUCAGCAAAAUGAAGCAGAUAGCAUACUUCAUAGUUUUGUUUCUAUUCGCGUCAAUAGCAGGUAGUUUUGAAGUGACCUACCAAGAGUACUAUCAGCAGCAUUGGCAGACAUGGAAGUCAUUUUACGGCAAAACAUACGGAUCAGAAACUGAAGAAGAGGAGCGUUUUGCAGUAUGGAACGACAACCUAAGGGUGAUUGUACCAUAACUCAUUGACUUAUCCAUUUUACUAUUGAACUUCGACCAAAAUGGACGCCAGUUUUAUCUUUAUUAAUUGAGCCAAGACGAAUGAAGUGACCCUGGGAUGACCUCACAUCGUUGUAGCUUCCCACACAGACAUUUCUAGGGCUUCGUCCUAAACGGGUAAUGGUUGUACGUAGGGCGGGGAAGUGUUCGUUGUGCCCUUAGCUGCCAUUCCAUCACUUCCCUCAGUGGAAUGAUUUGACCCGGGUGACUUGACCAAAACCCUAAGAUACAGUUCUCCUAAAAGGACCAAAGUAAUUCUUUAAUGCAAAGGAUUCGUCUGGGGCAAACUUUGUGUGACGUUGCGAGCCGACUUGAGUCCUUUGCAUGGAGGACGUAAAUACAGUCGAGGAUGGACACCCAGAGUUGGUCCCUGACUUGCUUAAUUUACCCCAUUUUUGUAUGACUCUCUACUAAGACAGACAUUAUUCUUAGAACGGACACUUUAGUACUGCCGAUUCCAAAGGCGUCAGCCUUGGAGAGGCUAAGUUGACUGGAUUACACUGAAUCGUAGUUAAUAGUUACCGGCACCGUAUAAACGACUUAUCAGAGAGAUUAAGCGGCAAACGUGAAUCUGUACCACGUUACCAAGUUUUCCAUCUACUUGUCGUUUACCGUUCAUUAUAACAACACGAAAAUCGGUAGAUUCACGCCAAUUCUAUCCAUAAGAAUUGCUUUAGACGGUUUUUAUUUGCUCAUUACACAUUUUGAAAAUUUCUCAACCUGAAUCUCACGUUUGCCGUUUGCCGUAAACGCGAUGCUUAAUCUCCCAUUGACGGAAUCAAGAAAAACUAACCACGAGAGAACGAAUGGACAACUUACAAUUUGAGUAACAAUAAACGACUGUUUAACUCUGACAAUAGAAGAAUCGAAACUCACCAAUACCAUUACGAGUUUUCAUAGCCAAUAAUAUCACAGCUUAACCGACCAAUCAAGUCAAUACCCAGAGUUAAAAAACAUAAACAGGGGUGCUACAACUAGCUUUGACUCUGAAAAUGACUACCGCACAGGUUAUCGAAACGUCAGUCAGUGUCAACAACAACAGUGUAAACCCAACAAAUGUCCUGUUCAGAACUACGUUCACCCGAACGAUCAUACUCAACCUACUUAUGAAGAGAGUUGACUUUUGAGGGAAAUCGACUAAACUGUACUUGUCACGUGACUUGUUUGGGGCCUUGGGUUGGGCGUUAAAAAGCUGACGAAGGAUAUCGCCAAAUUUUAUAGCCAGUUUGGAAUACGUCUCUAGUUAAGCUUUAAUUGGAUUUUGCUGCAAUUCAGUUGAUUUUAUAACUUCUGUGUUUAAGUUCUUUCUUUACUUUCGAAGGUUUCAUGUAUAUGCAUGUUAUACCUUUCAACAGCUCAUUCAGAAACACAACUCCAAAGGGCAAUCUUAUUCUUUAUCCAUGAAUCAGUUUGGUGAUCUGACUGCUGAAGAAUUCCGUUUCCUUGUCUCUGGAUCUCUUUCUCCCACCUCAAAUAAAAAAGAACACCAUGGGUUAUCUUUUCUACCUUCUUCCGCUACACUACCCCCCUUUGUUGAUUGGAGAACCAAGGGGUAUGUUACACCAGUGAAAGACCAAGGUAUGUCUUAAUCUACUGCGUUUUGUAAAUGUUUCACUAGUUGACUAGUUUUCAUUGCCAGGACACCCUCCCAUCCGACUCCGUUGACUCCCUACGACGUCCUUCUGUGGAGCGAGGGGGUCUGGAUGAGUAAACAAAACUUAUCCUCCUAGCAAGCUAGCUCUCCUAUUUAGGGGAGAGAAGCGAGCCGAGGAAGAAUGCACGAGCGAGCGGCGAAGUGUAAGCAAGAAAUUACACAACAACCAGAGAAAUAAACAUACGAAGAUCUUAUUCAUUACAAGACCAUUAUCAAAAGUAACAAAUCCCUGAUCUUAUCAGAAGAGCUACCUUAUUAUAUUAUGUUUUUUAUGUUUUAUUAUGUUUUAAACGCAGAUACAUAUCCAAGAAAUUAGAGAUAGAUGAAUU